AAAUAAAUGAAGAACAAGCAAACCUCCAUAAACCCAAAAUCAAAGCCUAAGACAAACGUUUAUUGUCUUCUCUAGUUCUCUGCAAACAACUUGCAGAAAACAAAAUCAGAAAAACCCUUGAAAAAAAUCCUGACUUUCUCUCUCCAACUUCAUCAUGGUCUACGUAACUUCGUGGGAUGAAUUCGUCGAGCGAUCCGUCCAAUUAUUUCGCGCCGAUCCUGAAUCUACUCGUUAUUCGAUGAAAUAUCGACAUUGUGAUGGAAAAUUGGUUCUCAAAGUUACUGAUAAUAAGGAGUGCCUCAAGUUUAAGACUGACCAAGCACAGGAUGCAAAGAAGAUGGAGAAGCUUAACAAUAUAUUUUUUGCUUUGAUGGCUCGAGGUCCUGAAGUGGAUAUAACAGAAGUCACGGGGAAAGAACAGAUGGAGGUUCAGCCAUCAAAGAAAGGAAGGGGAAGAAAACAAUGAUGUGGAAGUUUUGAUGUUUGGCUAGAAACUAGGAAUUGUAGUUGAUCACGGUACCUUACUCUUGCAGUACGAGAAAUUUCCUGCAGAUUUUUUUUUUUUUUUCAUUGCUUUACAGAUUUUGUCAUGAUGUCAAUAUUAUUUGAACCAAAGGCAAUGGAUAUUAGUAAUUUUCACAAAGAAUGACUCCUGGCAAGGUGACUUUCGCCUUGUAAGUUCAUCUAAGAUUGUUGUGUAAACCCCAGGCUAAUAUGGCUCGGAACAAGUCUAUGACUUACAAGGAGCAUUUACUCAUUUUCUCAA